GAGAUUUCUAAGAACACUGCAACAAUGUCCCGAAUCCCGAUCGUGAUGAAGGCAGAAUGGGGUUAGUGAGGGCCUGUGGAUUUGCCGCAACCUCUUUAUGAUUCCCCGGAUUCGACGGCUAACUGGAUUACCAAGCUCCAUUCUCUCCCCACCAUGAGCUCCGGGUUCGCAGUAGCGUGCCGACUUAAUUACUAACAAGGUAAAUUACCAACAUCACCACGCUUGCGCUAUAAGUCAUCUGUUCCUGUUGGUGCUUGUGUCUGCCGCCGGUAGCAACAUCUUCAACACAAGCUCCAGGACAGAUCAACACCAUGCGGUCUCAAAAGCAGAUCGCCGCGUCACUGCGGAGGGCUUCGGUAGCCCUGUCCCAUGCAUCCUCCAACCCCGCGACAUCACAGUCAUCCAGAACUGCUGCGGUAGCUGGACUGCGGUUAUCCCGAGCUCAACCACAACAGCAACAGCAACGAUGCCUACACGAACAGGCGCCCCGACGCAGUGGCGCUUCCAACCCUGCCAUGGCCUUCCCCUGCCUUGACGCUCUCGAAACCCGGUCCGAAACCCUCAAGAAGCGCUCCGACUCGAGCGGCCCCGAGCCAUCCUACGUCGCCGGCGCCACCCAGACUUUCCACUGCGAUGAACCCCUACUCCUCGACUGGGGCGGCAUGCUCCCCGAGUUCGACAUCGCUUACGAGUCGUGGGGCGAGAUGAACGCCGACAAGUCCAACGUUAUUCUGCUACACACGGGUCUUUCAGCUUCGUCCCACGCCCACUCUACGCAAGCCAACCCCCAGCCCGGAUGGUGGGAGAAGUUCAUCGGGCCCGGCCUCUCCCUCGACACCGAUAAAUACCACAUCAUCUGCACAAACGUUCUUGGCGGCUGCUACGGCUCAACGGGACCCAGUAGCAUCGACCCGGCCGAUGGGCAGCGGUAUGCCACCAGGUUUCCCAUACUUACGCUGGAGGAUAUGGUGCGGGCACAGUUCCGUCUGUUGGACAACCUUGGGGUCGAGAAGCUGUACGCCAGUGUGGGAUCCAGUAUGGGCGGCAUGCAAUCGCUAGCUGCCGGCGUGCUAUUCCCCGAGCGUGUUGGCCGCAUUGUCUCCAUCAGCGGCUGCGCCCGGAGUCACCCAUACAGCAUUGCGAUGCGCCACACGCAGCGACAAGUUCUUAUGAUGGACCCCAACUGGAACCGAGGAUUCUACUAUGACAAUGUCCCUCCACACGCUGGCAUGAAGCUGGCGCGCGAGAUUGCGACUGUGACCUACCGGUCAGGUCCCGAGUGGGAGCUGAGAUUCGGCCGUAGGAGGGCGGAUCCCAGCAAGCCACCCGCUCUCUGCCCGGACUUCCUCAUCGAGACCUAUCUGGACCACGCGGGAGAGAAGUUUUGCCUGACAUACGACCCCAAUAGUUUGCUGUACGUCAGCAAGGCCAUGGACCUGUUCGACCUGGGUCAUUCGUGCCAGAAGGAUGCGGCUACCAGACGGGCUGAGCGGUUGGAGUCGCUCCAUAAGGGGGUCUACGCAUCAAAUGGGAAUGUGUCCUGCAGCCUGACGCUGCCGGACAAGCCCUACGAGGAGCAACCUGAGUCGGGGGGCUCCGCAGAAAUUGACACCAAGCCGGUCACACAGUCAGACUCCUCGAAGCCCCCCGAGGAUUUGAUCCAGGGCUUGUCUGCCCUGCGGGACCACCCGGCGCUGGUUAUGGGUGUGGCCAGCGAUAUCCUGUUCCCAGCAUGGCAACAGCGCGAGAUUGCCGAUGCGCUGAAGUUGGCCGGGAACCGGAACGUGGCGCAUUACGAGUUGAGCGAAGAGCAGAGCAUGUUUGGUCAUGACACGUUCUUGUUAGACGUGAAGAAUGUUGGAGGAGCUAUCAAGAACUUUUUGCAAUGAAUAAAAAGGGGAAACGUUGUAUAAUACCAGAGAUUUAACUUCGAAGAUGGAGGGAAGCUACCGUAAUAUAAGCGGAGCAAGACGGGAAUCCAGACCCUGAGCUAUACCAUACGCAAGCUCAUCCAUCUUUAUUUCCCGGUCGACUACCCGAUAUGCCAUGAACCCCAAAACGUGUAAACAAUGGUUUUGUGAUCUGUAAUCACCCACAGACAAGGUGUUCGAGUAAGCUGCAAUGCCAUCAGUGUAACCGUACUCGUCGACAACAA